GCAAGUUUGAGUUUCGAAAGCAAAAUAACAGCACAUCUGCUGAUAACAGGACUUUAUUCUAGGUUUUCAUAUAAUAGCGUUGUCCUCCAACCAGCAGAUGGCGAAACAGUUUGAGUUGUGAUGUCAGUCGGUCUUGUGUGUUGUGUCUGAGAACAACUUCCGCAGUGGAGCAUUUGGAUAGGAUCACCACGCGGACUGGAAAGAACGAAAAUGCCUGUAGAUCGUAGGAGAAUUCGGGGUCCAGAUGAAUCUCAUUCUCCCUAUCAUUUCGUCUCCAAGGAAUCUCUGAAAUCCCUCGCCUCUGGGGAUCGCCGUUCAGAUGACAGCCAGCGCGGCCCCUUGGACCUGCGUCCGAUUUUUGCGCGGUGUGGACUGAUCAGUCAAGCCAAGGGCUCUGCUUACAUUGAGGCAGGCAAUACCAAAAUAAUCUGCUCCGUGUAUGGGCCCCGAGAAGCUGACCGCAGAGACGAAACCGACAUGAAAUCAGGACGUCUCGUCGCUGACAUGCGGUUCGCCCCGUUCGCCUGCCACAAGAGAGGGGCAUGGGUGCAGGGUAACGAGGAAAAGGAUAUGUCUCAGGGCUUACUAGAGAGCCUUCGGCCAGGUGUCUGCUUGCACAAGUACCCCCGCUCUCAGAUUGACGUUUGCGUCAUGGUUCUGGAGAGCGAUGGGCCAGCUCUGUCCCACGCGGUCACCUGUGCAUCCCUUGCUCUCGCGGAUGCUGGGAUCGAGAUGUACGACCUGGUGUUGGGGUGCACCGUCCGACACACCGGAACAACGCAACUACUCGACCCCACUUUGGCAGAGGUCCAGGACGACGAGGAUGGUGGUUUCGUGGAGAACCAGGGAAGUGUGACGGUUUCGCUGAUGCCUAACAUGAAUCAAGUGUCAGGCUUGCAGUCUGACGGUGUUAUGGAGCAAGAAUCCCUAAAGGCAGCUGUUCAGGCGUGUAUUGAAGGCUGCUACAAACUGUACCCUGUCAUUCAACAAACCCUGCUGAAGACAGUGCGAAAAAAGGCACCUCCCUCAGAGAGCUGAAGUUGUUUAUGGUCCAAGUUUAUGUAUCUAAAGUCAUCCCCUUAUAAUUUUGUAAUUUGCAAUAAACACACGUUUUAGAAUGUGUAGAAAUAUAUUUUUAUUAUUGUAAGCAGUAUGCAAUACGGCACUAAAAAUGCUGAUAAUGCAUGCAAAGCAAAACUAGCUUCACAAAUAUAACAUGUUUAAGGAGUACAUCAUUUUAGUGCAAAUAUUAUAAUGACCCUAAUCAUUUUGUAAAAUAAAAUCGAAAAAGUAUCAGUA